CAAACCAAUUCAGUGUUUUUGGUGUUGUUAGCCCAUGAAUAAUUCUCCUUGCAUGAAAGUUCAGAAUACCGUGGAUUGACGUUUGGAUUGAGGUUUGGAUUGGUCCGUAUUGCUGAGCUAUGGCGGACGAUCGAUACGAUAAUCACCGCUACCACAAUGAGGACACGUUCACCAUUCAGUCCACGGCCGGAGCCGUGCCCAUCCGCAAUGACAAGGGUCAAAUCACCAUGCAAAAGGUCAAAGUCCAGCGUUAUGUGUCGGGCAAAAGGCCGGACUAUGCCGCUCGCCGAGGCCACUCCUCAUCAGAUUCCUCAGAGAGCGAGGAUGACCAGGAGGAUUUCACCAAAGCCAGAUCACGGCGACGGUAUCAACGACACGCCGAAGAUCCGAAUGAAGACGAGGGGGAGGAUGACGUGGGAGGCGUGGCUCCGGCGUUGGCUUCGACGGGGAGCGUUUUACCCCAAGAUACGAGUGAUCCCAGGAUACGGAGGCUCAUGGCGGCCAGAGAAGGAACUGGACGGAGACAUGAGGAAUCAGAAUCUGAGGAAGAUGACCGCAUUACCCGACAUAGACGCAUCCACGAACCCGAAGUGCUCUCCGAUAAAGAUUCCGGGGGUCAGCGAGAUAUGGAUACGGAUGAUUCCUCUUCCAACGACGAUGAUGAACUGGAUGAAGAAGCCAUUCAGCGGCGGCGAGAACUGAUGCGGCAAAGAGCCUUGGCCAAGGCUCAAAUUGGCAUUGGUCAAGAGGAGAUCAUGGACAAAGAGGAAGAAAAAUCCGCCAGCGAAGAAGACGAUGAAGAGGAGACCACGGAAGAGGAGACCACCGACUCGGAAGGCGACGAAGGCGCUCGCCUCAAACCAGUGUUUGUCCGUAAGAAGGAUCGUUUGACGGUUCAAGAGCGAGAAAAAGAAGAGGCCAAGGCUCGCCAAGCCGAACGGGAAGCGCUAGUGGCGGCCGACCAUCGUCGUAAAAACACCCUAAAACUGGUCGAAACACUGGUGAAGCAAGACGUCGUGGAACGAAAGGCCAAGGACACGGAUCUUCAAGGCCUGAACGAGGUCAUCACCGACGACGAAAACGAGGAGUUGGAGUACGAGGCGUGGAAGCUCCGGGAACUCAAGCGGGUCAAACGGGAUCGAGAAGAGAAGGAACAACGCGAGCGCGAGGCCGCGGAAUUGGAACGCUUGAGAAAUAUGACCGAAGAAGAACGCCGACAAGAGCUCAAGAGCAACCCCAAGGUCAUCACCAACAAGGCCAACAAGGGCAAAUACAAGUUCAUGCAAAAGUAUUACCACAGAGGCGCCUUCUUCAUGGAGGAAGAGGAAUCGGUCUACAAACGCGACUAUUCGCAAGCCACGCUCGAGGAUAAGUUCGACAAGACCGUGCUCCCCAAGGUGAUGCAGGUCAAGAAUUUCGGUCGCUCGGGUCGAACCAAAUACACGCAUCUCGUCGACCAAGACACCACCCAAUUCGAAGCUCCCUGGUCUCAAGAAUCCACGCAGAACCUCAAAUUCCAAGUCCAACACGCGGGGGGCAUGAAACCCGUCUUCGAGCGGCCAAGUGCCAAGAAGAAGGACAAACACUGAGGACAGGGGGAGAGGGGGAGGUCAUCAAUAUAUUAAUCGGCGUCUGGAUUCAAUAAAUGUCAUUAGUUGG